AUGUCCAACCAAGCUUUGGAACCACUAGUCGAAGUAGAUCCGUCGAACUUUGAUGAUGAGGAUUUCGAGAAUCGAGAUGCCACGUGGGAAGAUCUCGAAAAUUCCUUGAAAGCCGACGCCAUAGCUGCAGACAGAGUAUUUAAAGCAAAGACAAUGAUCGAAAUGCUGGAACGUAUGGAAGAGUUCUUUAUGAGUAUUUCUCGAAUGUCAAAAGUGUACAUAAGUUACCACAAUUAUGUGAAAAGACUAAUUGAUGAAAAGCAAGGAGAGGAUGAUGAUGACGAGGAGGAAGCGGAGGAGAACAAGGAAAACCGCGCUCGCGGAUAA